AUGGUUGAUCAGACUGAGACAACAGCCGGGUCAUCCUCCUCCUCUCAGAGUGUUCCACACCUAUCUGCUACUGAAGCAGUAGAUGAUAUCACCAAGCAAGAAGACCUAGUUAUGAAUGAAGAGCUUCCACACAGCGCCGAGACCCGUGAAGACUCUCAUCUAUCUCUCUUUGGGCCAUUCACGCAACCAACAAGUGGCCUUCUGUCUACUCCUCUGACCUCCUCACCUUACCCAGAAGAGGAACAUAUAAGUGAGGACGUGCCAGAAAUCACUGGCUCCCUGGCUCACUUACCCGAUCCUUACCCAUUAAUCAGUAUUCCAGCUCAUCUGACCCUCUACUCUAACGGGCAUAGCUUCUACCACGAUCGCGACAUGGACGAGCAAGAGGACGUCGAGGAGCUUCUCGACCACCCGGCGCCUUUUGUGCCUGAAUCGGCCAAUGACGACACCGAUGAUGGUUGGCAGGAGGACCAGUGGAUGGAACCUCCAGAUGGUAAUGGUAGCUUGAUCGAAAUCACCGAGCUUUCUGGUUUCGAGCUUGAUAGGCUUCCACAUGACAGAGUGGGCACGGGCCCUGGGUCCAUCUCUACCAACUCCGAAAAGGAUGGCAACGAUGCCACCGAGGGGUUUUAUCCCUCUGACGAUGAAGACUCGUGCCGCGACUCCGAGAGUAUAUGUGGCAAUGUCCCUUCCUUACCAUCUACUCAGCAAGAACAAUUAAGCACCAACCAUGAUAUCAGCAACAACCCUAAUAAUACCGCUAUCGGUCCUAUUACCCCACCAGUUGAGCAGGCUGAGUUCCCUCCAAUAGAGCUUCUCCAAUUUGCCUUACCAGAUCCUGGAGAUCACUAUUUCGAUCCAUCUGGGGUCGACUCUGAUAUGGCGGACAUAUCUAUGCACACUGAGACAUUCGAACGCAACUUGACCGUUGAGCAAUUCAUCCGUCAAUGGUACCUUCGCGCUCGUAUGUCUCAGGAUCGACUUGGUAUCAAGCAUCCGUAUCCCCCAAUUGCUUCUGAGGCUAUGAACGUGCAAAACUGGCAGAGACCAACCAAGAUCUCCCAUCCGGAUGAUCACAAGGGACGCUAUUUUGACAUCCAAAACAUUCCAUGGUCUUCGAAGUUGAACGUGGACAGAGCUGCUGCUCGUAGCUUACGGGACCAGUGGUAUACUUCUUACCAUAAUUUACGGUUUCAGCCGCAUGGUUAUGCCAUCACUCCGCGCAACACUGAGAAUUAUUUCAAAGCCAAGAACAUGUAUACCAAGUUCAAAGCCACAAUGGCUCAUUUUCAGCUCCGCAACCUCAUGUCUGUAAGAGCAUCCAACGUUGUGCAAUAUGUCUAUCGUAACAAGGUCUACUCCGUCACUCCGUUCUACGAUGUGCAAGAUACUAUCCUUGAGCUUACCGAGUCGGUUUCUUCUAACCCUGUGGCUGAGCCUCUGAAAAUAUCUACCAUGAAGGCCAAACAUGGUGUGACUGUUGUUGGUGGUUUCAGUGGUGAAUACGCUUACAAGGGUGAAAUCCACGGCUACGACAAGGUUGAAGGUCGUAUUACGAAGCAUCUCAACGGCAUAACCAACCACAUUGACAUUGUUCAGCAUCGCACCAGCCACACUCCACAGGCCAUCAUUGCCUCUAACGAUAACUCCAUCCGCAUUCUCGACUGCGAGACAAACAAGUUCAUUGCAACCCACCGCUUUGCUCGCGCUAUCAACUGCACGGAUACCUCUCCAGAUGGUCGUCUUCGUGUAAUUGUCGGCGAUUCUGCUGAUUCCUGGGUUGUUGACAGUGAGACCGGAAAACCAGUUCAGCCUCUUGCCGGCCACCGUGACUAUGGAUUUGCAUGCGCCUGGUCCCCCGAUAUGCUGCACAUAGCCACCAGCAACCAGGACAAGACUGUCAACAUCUGGGAUGCCCGUAUGUGGAGAAUCCUCCAGACUCUUGACUCGGACGUUGCAGGCUACCGUUCCCUCCGUUUCUCCCCUGUUGGCGGUGGCCCGCGAACUCUGCUCAUGUGCGAGCCUGCAGACCGCUUCGUCAUCGUCAACGCUCAAAACUACCAGACCCGUCAAGUUCACGAAUUCUUUGGUGAAAUUGGAGGAGCAGACUUCACCCCUGACGGCGGCCGCAUUUGGCUCUCCAACAUGGAUUCUCGCUUCGGAGGCCUCAUGGAGUUCGACCGCAUUCAAUGGGGCCAGGAAUUCGGUAUUGGCCAUACUAGACGCGCCAAGAUCGAAGCCCGUGGUGAUGUCUAUUAUCCAGACCUGCCUAAUGAAUGGCUUCCUGAAGCCGAAUUGGACGAUGAUCCACGCUGUGUCUUGAGUGCUAGUGAGCGUAGGAUCCGAUACUUGAGACUCAUGAGCGAUGCUGAGUUCUCAAGAUUCAAUAUUUAUUUGGGAUAA